CGACCGACCUAACUUCACGAAAAGGCGAUGGGAAACGAAACAUUUUAUUGGGAUGGCCUUAUCUCUGAAAACGUCACUACAUAAAUGAUAACAAUUAUUAGGAAGCCGCAUUCCAGUAGAGCCGAGGAAGACGACGUUGUUCACCCCACUGACUCCCUUUACUCUAUAAGGCGUGCCCUCGCGAGUUUGGAUGGGUGUGUCCCAAAUGAGUCAGGCGAGGAAGGAGAGUACAAUGGUGUGCCCCAGGAGAAAGAAGACAGCGAAGAUGGUGUGCCCCCAGAGAAAGAGGACAGCGGAGACAGUGUUACUGAAGUGGUCAAUGAAGAUGAGAGUGGUUCUGGAAAGGGAGAAUUAAGAAAUUUGUCAAAGGAAAAUCUACGAGCCGUGCAGAAAGGAAAGAAGUGCGAGUGGGAGUCUUAG